CCAUCCCUACACCACCACCGUUCCCUGGACCACAGCACCCACUACUAGAGGUGUGUCCGUGUGUCUGCGUUACAUGCCCGACUAUCUAACAGACAUCCGCUCCAUCUUCACCCUCAGUCCAUCCAGCAGACAACCUCUGCAGAUGGGAGUCAGUGCUUCAGGGUCGUAUAGACUGUCCUUUGACAGAUAUGGGUAUUACAGCCUGAACUUGAAACCUUACAAAAACUUCUGGGCAAACAUCGGACUGGAAAUCUGGACCCGAGUCUGCCUCACAGUGGACACCGUGAAGAAUGUGGCCCAGCUGUUUAGCGACUCGAGCAUGAGCAUCAGGAAGAUGCUGCCUACUAAUGUUCAGUAUGUCUGGUCAGGUGAGCCUGUGAUUGAUUUUUCAGGUUUUGAUGGUCAGGUGACAGACGUCCAGAUUUGGGAUUAUUCUCUCCCCUACAGAGAAGUCUUGAACUACAUGACCAGUCGCUACGGGUCGUACUCUGGCUCCGCCCUCAGCUGGUCCUACAUCAGCUACUCCCCCCGAGGAAAGGUACUGUUGGAGGACGUCUACGAGCGGCAGUGGCAGGACCGACAGCUGAUCAAAAGCAAGAAGAAGAACGGGCGUCGGCCAAAGGGAGAGAAGAAGAGCAGGGAGUUUUUCAAUUUGAGCGAGAGCAAGAGAGAACAGCUUUAAGGCCAGGCGACAAAAGCUGUAGCCUCCGUUUUUCUCUUGAUUAUAAAGAAUUUAGCAAUCAAGCAACAAUUAAUGAUGAAUGACAUUUAAACUACUACCAACUACUGAUUUGAUAAAAGCGUGAUCACUCUAUAUUAUCAAGAUGACAAACGUAAUAAAAUAUAACCAAACAGGAUAAUUCUUUCAUAUUUUUACUAACGUGUUUGACAUUGUAUCGUUCUCUUUGUACAUGUAUUUGCUUCCUUGAUUUUUUACGUUAUUAUAAAACAAUAAAGAGAUGUCUGAGACAGUGUCAUUACUGAUUUAUGUUAAAUAUAACAUGCAGCGCGGAGGUUAAAUGAGCUGGUAUAACACUAAUUUACUGUAUUGUAGUCGUAAUCUGAUUUGAAAUCCC